AUGAACGGACCUCGGCUUCUCCUUCAAUGGUUACCAAUCUUCUUACUUAUACAGCUAUUUCAAAUCUCUAAUGCUGAUCUUGGCACUGCAUCACAAUACAGGCCACCAUAUACGCCCACGGCCUGUUAUGGUAACGAUGCGUCUCAGUUCCCGACGAGCAACUUGUUUGCCGCUGCCGGUGAGGGGAUAUGGGACAAUGGUGCUGCCUGUGGAAGGCAGUAUUUGGUGAGGUGCAUAAGUGCUGUUGUGCCCGGAACUUGCGUUCCAGGGCAAACCAUUCAGGUUAGGAUUGUUGAUCAUGCACUGACAUCUGGUUCCAGGCCUUUCAGGGUUGGCACUACCAUGGUCCUCUCUACGACGGCUUUCGGAACAAUUGCAAAACCAUCAGCAUCAUCAGUCAACAUCGAAUUUCAGCAGGUUUGAACAGGAAAUUAAUUGGAAGCCAUAUAGUUAAAUCGAUCCGAGGGAGUUGACUGUUGUUUCUAGUACUUCAAAUGAGAAAUAGUUGAAUAUAGUGAUUAGCAUUGAUUGAAUGUUCAAUAAAGUUCUUUGUCCGUGGUCUCUAUCUUAAUCAAUACAACUUGUUACCUAA